AUGGCAUCGCAGCAGGACUGUUACGCCGUGGGCAAGUUCCAGGGCACCUUUUUGCUUCAUCCCACCGUCACGCUCGUGUCGGACACGGAGCUCGCGCUUUCAUGUAGCGCGGCGGCGCUGGGGCUCAUCUUCCUGGUGUCGUUUUACGUCAAGGAAUUGAAGCGCAAGACAUCGACCUAUUGCCAUCUCGCGCUCAUUGUGUUCUUCCAGUUCUUGUCGUACGCACUCGAGGCGCUGCCGUUACAUACCGCGCUCAGUAGUGAGAUCAGCGCGAGGGACUGGAGUUCGAUGUUUGCGUUUGUCGACGCAACAAAAGGGGUUAACGGAGGGGAGAAUAAGACCGUGCUGAUCCUCACCGGCGUGUUAGGGGAGGUUAAGCAUUACAAGACCAGGGUGAUGACGGUCGCAGUGCUCACGGCGGCGUUCGACUUCGUGGCGAUCGUGAUUGUGGGUAUGACGAUUACGAGCAAGGUGCUUUGUAUAUGUUCAGAGAAGAGGAAGAACAUGCUAGCCGUGUUGGAGGUUUCGUCGAACAGCACAGCAUGA